UGAUUUACCGGACAUUGGAAAUCUAAUGAGAGCGGAAGAGAGGGCUGGAAGUAAUAUCAAUGAGUUUACUGAUGAAUAAUAACUCAUUAUCAUGCCCUUUGUCUCUUCAUCCUCAUUAUCUCGCCCCCUCACAUUCCCCUGACAUUACUCUCUCCUCUCUUUUAUCCACCAAUUCCUCCUCUCUGUCUUUCAUGGCUUUGCUUCCCUCUUCCUCCCUCCUUCCUCCAGGUCUGAUCGUGUACCUGGGGAUGAUGGUCGGGGCCUUCGUGUGGGGCGGCCUGGCAGAUCGGAUCGGCCGGCGGCAGACCCUCCUCAUCUCCCUCUCCAUCAACAGCGUGUUUGCCUUCUUCUCGUCCUUCGUCCAGGGCUACGUCUCCUUCCUCUUCUGCCGCCUGGCCUCAGGUGUCGGCAUUGGCGGCUCCAUCCCCAUUGUGUUUUCCUAUUACUCUGAGUUCCUGGCCCAGGAGAAGCGAGGAGAGCAUCUGAGCUGGCUCUGCAUGUUCUGGAUGAUCGGCGGUAUCUACGCCUCCGCCAUGGCCUGGGCCAUCAUCCCACAUUAUGGCUGGAGUUUCCAGAUGGGCUCGGCCUACCAGUUCCACAGCUGGCGUGUCUUUGUGCUGGUGUGUGCCUUCCCAUCCGUGGCGGCCAUCUCCGCCCUCACCACAAUGCCCGAGAGCCCCCGCUUCUACCUGGAGAAUGGGAAACACGACGAGGCGUGGAUGAUUCUGAAGCAGGUCCAUGACACCAACAUGAGGGCCAAGGGUUACCCAGAGAGGGUCUUCUCUGUGACCACCAUUAAAACAGUGAAGCAGAUGGAUGAGCUGGUGGACCUGGGCGAUGGAGCCGCCUGGCAUCAGAAAUGGAGGAUAAAGCUCACGACACUUUUCCAUCAGGUAGACGAGGCGGCAGCAGGUUUCCUGACAGAGGCUGUAGAUGGAGGUAUGGAAAUACCUGUUAGAGGAAGAAGAUGA